AUGACUGCAAGGGUACGGUUCAGCACCCACAACUCUCAAGAGGACUGUGCGCAACUUACUGAAGAAGUGAAAGUGAUGGAGAUGGUACACAACCGUUCGGGAAUCCGGGAUGACAAGCAACGUUGCGAAGGGGGUCUGAUCGGCACCGUUCCACGGCUGGUCCGUUCGCACAAGAAACAGAGAUAUUUGAAAGGAGAUACUGUGACCUCGACACAGCCGACCCUUCAGGAGGCGCAGACCGCGGCUUUGUUGACCUUGUUGAACCUGAACAACCCUGUCGAAUCUCCAAGCACUUCUACUUCCAGUGGGACCAAGGGCGGUUCAGCAGCGAAUGCUAAGAUCUCAGUGCCCACAGGCCCACCAACAUGGAAGAUCCUAGUGCUGGACCAGCAUACGAAGGAUGUUCUUGCGACCGUCUUGCGCGUACAGGAUCUUCGUGAUGUGGGGGUCACACUCCAUGUACAGCUGCAUUCCAACCGCCCGCCACUGCCCGACGUGCCCGCCGUCUACUUCGUGUCGCCAACCCUGACGAACAUUAAGCGGAUAGCCCAAGACCUCGAGAAAGGCCUCUACGAAUCGUUCCAUUUCAACUUUGUCGAGCCAUUGCCGAGGGCACUGCUAGAGGAACUCGCCGCAGCCGUGGCGCGUGAUGGGACCGGUGAACUAGUAGAGCAGGUGCUCGAUCAGUACUUGUCCUUCAUUGCCCCCUCGCCAUCCUUGUUCUCCCUGUUGCCACCGCCGGCAGCCCCCUCCGCUUCGACACCAAAUGCACCUGCACAGCCAGGUCCCUCACAAACACACUCGACGUAUGCCAUUCUCAACUCGCCCACCUCUGCUGAGCAACAGAUUGAAGAGGAGAUCGAGCGGGUAGCAAAUGGCUUGUUUAGUGUCGUCGCGACCAUGAGACAUGUUCCGAUCAUCCGAAGUCCCAGAGGGAACGCUGCGGAGAUGAUUGCUAAGAAGUUAGAGACAAAGAUUCGGGACGCCAUACUAUCUGCUGCUCGGUCUCACACGACGUCAAUAUUCGCUCAGGACUCCUCAGGACUGUCAAAUCUGCAACGACCUCGACUGUCAGUCCUACUCAUCCUCGACAGAAAUGUCGACCUUGUGCCAAUGAUGGCACACGGGUGGACGUAUCAGGCGCUCGCGUCAGACUGUCUGGAAAUGAAGCUCAACCGCGUCGUAGUCUCACAGCCACAGAAACGCUCAUAUGACCUAGACUCGAAGGACUUCUUCUGGGCAAAAAAUGCUGCGAAUCCGUUCCCUCAAGUUGCCGAAGACAUUGACAUUGAGCUGAACCGAUACAAACAGGAUGCUGCGGAAAUUACUCGAUCGACUGGCGUCAGCGACGUCAACGAUAUUGCUCAGAUCGAUAUGACCGCUAAUGCGGCCCACCUCAAGACAGCGAUCACAGCGUUGCCCGAAUUGACUGCCCGUAAGGCAGUCUUGGACACGCAUAUGAACAUUGCGACUGCGCUACUGGAGGAGAUCAAGAGGCGCGGUCUUGAUGAACUGUUCAGUACCGAAGAAGCCAUCGGCAAGCAGACAGUGCAAAUGAUCCUCGAGGCGCUCCGUCAUCCCAAGGACAGCACUACGCCCACUCCGCUCGACAAGCUUCGCCUGGUCCUUGUGUUCUACUUGUCAUCGCCUGACAAUGCCAUCUCGAAAGAUGAUAUCGCCGAGCUAGAAAAAGAGUUGAAGGCCGCCGGUGCUGAUGUCGCUGCCUUCGAGUAUGUCCGGCGGACGCGCGAGAUCUCUCGGAUGACAAUAUCGAGUGCUGUUGGGGGCGGUUCGACGCCUGUCCUUGGGGGCAACACGCCCGGCGGUGAGCUGUUCAAGGGGUUUAGUGCGCUCGGAAACAGACUUACAGAUCGUCUGAAGGACGGCGGCCUCGAGAACCUCAUUUCUGGUGUGAAGAACUUCCUGCCUGCCAACAAGCUCCUACCUGUGACACGGCUGACUGAGGCGCUGAUGGAAUCGUCAGCAGCGUCCAAUCAGUCGCUGCAGGAGACAGACGACUAUCUCUUCCUCGACCCGCGAGCGCCUCGGAAUGCGCAGGCCGGGCUCGGUAUUUCCGGCGUCAGUGCGCCAAGCAAUGGUGCCGGGGCGGGGACUGGCCGUGCCAAACGCAUGGCGUUCACGGAGGGAACCGUGUUCGUGGUCGGUGGAGCUGGGUAUGUCGAGUACGGCAAUCUCGAAGAAUGGGCGAAGCGGAUGGGCAAGAGGGUUUCGUACGGUGGUACUGAGAUUCUGGAUCCCGGAGGAUUCGUCAAGGUCCUCGAAGCACUUGGGAAGGCGGGCGCCCAAGGCUGA